AUGGCGAGGGCGUUAAAUCGGAUGACGGAGGUCCUUCAGCAGAAUUUUUGUCCACCGCAAGGAGAGCAGAAUAGGGUGGUGCAAGUCGAGUGCACCUUUGAGCAUUUCUUGGCGCAUAGGACCCCUGCCUUCAUGGGCGAAGAGGAUCCACUUCGGGCCUGGAGGUGGAUUGAAGACCUCGAAAGGACAUUCGAAGUCUGUGGUUGUACGGAGGCCCAUAAGGUGUUGUAUGGGAGUUACCUGCUGCAAGGUGAAGCAGCUAAUUGGUGGAAGACUAAGCGAGAACUCCUAGAGAUGGAGUUGGGAUCUUUUGCGGCUGUGUCUUGGCUGCGCUUCAAGAAAGAGUUCGAAGACCGUUUAUUCCCUAUUUUUGUGAGACUGCAAAAGGCACAAGAAUUCAAUAACUUGGUCCAAGGGGAUAUGACUGUUGAGCAGUAUGCUCGAAAAUUAACAGAGCUUGGGCGAUUUGCGACUCAUCUAAUAGCCACUGAAGAGUUGCAGGCCGAAUGUUUCAAGGAAGGGUUGCGCCCUCAAAUCCACAGACAAGUCGCGUGCCUACAAAUCCAGAACUUUUAG